AUGCCACGUGCCCCAAGAACUUACUCUAAGACUUACUCUACCCCAAAGAGACCAUACGAAUCUGCUCGUUUGGAUGCCGAAUUGAAAUUGGCCGGUGAGUACGGUUUGAAAAACAAGAGGGAGAUUUAUAGAAUUUCUUUCCAAUUGUCUAAGAUUCGUCGUGCUGCAAGAGAUUUGUUGACCAGAGAUGAAAAAGACCCAAAGAGAUUGUUUGAAGGUAAUGCUUUGAUCAGAAGAUUAGUUAGAGUUGGUGUCUUAGAUGAAGACAAAAAGAAGUUAGAUUAUGUUUUAGCUUUGAAGAUUGAAGAUUUCUUGGAAAGAAGAUUGCAAACUCAAGUUUAUAAGUUGGGUUUGGCCAGAUCUGUCCAUCAUGCUCGUGUUUUGAUUUCUCAAAGACACAUUGCUGUUGGUAAGCAAAUUGUUAACAUCCCAUCUUUCAUGGUUAGAUUGGACUCUGAAAAACACAUUGACUUUGCUACCACUUCUCCAUAUGGUGGUGGUAGACCAGGUAGAUUAGCCAGAAAGAAGGCUGCUGCCAAGAGCGAAUCUGCUGAAGCCGAGGAAGAAUAA